AUGAAUACUACAUCAAACAGUGUUAACAGGGCUCUUUUAGCUGCACCUUAUCAAUUGAACAUAUGGCUUGGCUUAUUUAUUUGGAUGACUGGUAAUCUUGGUUGUAUUGGAAAUAUGAUUGUAUUUAGUUCUCGAACAUUUCGCAAGCGAGCUUAUGCAGUUUAUCUAUUAUCGGAAGCAGCAUCUAAUUUUAUUUACUUUGAUUUUUUAUUACUUACACGAGUACUUCAAAAAGGAUUUCAAAUUCCAAUAACUACACGUUAUGAUGUCAUCUGUAAACUUCGACAAUUUGAUUCCGUCUGGAAUCAUGAAGUUUCGCUUAGUUUGUUUUCAUUAGCAAUAAUUGAUCGAAUUUUAUCUGUACAAUAUUUGAAUAAAUAUAUUCAGUGGAGCAAUCGUGUAGAACUAGCUUACAAAAUGUGUAUUGCAUGCGUACUCUUUUGGCUAUUAUUUUUCGGUCAUCGACUUGUUUUAUAUAGUACUAGAAAUGGAACAUGUGCUCCUCUACCAGGCUUUUAUGCACAUUUUGAUAAUUAUGUUGAAGUGUUUUUUACAGCAAUGACUACGCCGUUAGCAAUGAUUGUACUUGGAUUUUUAUUAAUACGAAGUGUUCGAGGCAUUAUUGAACGAAAAAUCGUUCCUAAUAAUGAUCGACCGCCGGUAACAAUUGCACAACGAUCAGCUCUUCAACAGGUUGAUUCACAACUUACAUUGAUGCUGCUAUUACAGAUAAUCAUUGCUAUAACAACGCGUGUACCAUAUGCAGUGCAACUAAUCUAUACAAAUAUUACUCAAAGUUGGCCAAAGUCAGCUUUACAAAUUGCUAUAGAAAACGUUAUGGUUGAAUUGGUUCAUUUGCUAUCUUACACAUUUUUUACUUCUAGUUUCUAUGUAUCAUUUAUUUCAAAUAAUGGUUUUCGUCAAAAAUUUAAAAAAUUUUUUAAAAUUACAACUUGA